CAACGGCGGAAGCGGCGGUGGCGGGGUGCGGUGCGCGGGCAGGCCGGCAUGGAGCCCGCCGAGGGCUCGGGGGCUCUGGGCUUCCACGGCGACGAGGAGAUCAUCGAGGUGGUGGAGCUGGGCCCGCCUGGGCCGGAUGACCUGGCUGACGAGAUGGAGGAUGUGGACUUUGACGACGAAGGGGCGGAAGAGCCCGACGCCGAGGCUUGGGAGACGGAGGAUGAUGAGGGGGUGGAGGACGGCAUGGAGGUGCAGGACGACAGCGAGGUCACCUUCUCCCUCCACUCGGCUUCUGUUUUCUGUGUGAGCCUCGACCCCAAGACCAACACGCUGGCAGUGACGGGUGGGGAGGAUGACAAGGCCUUUGUGUGGCGUGUGGGUGAUGGAGAGCUCCUGUUCGAAUGCUCAGGACACAAGGACUCGGUCACCUGUGCUGGCUUCAGUCACGACUCUGUGUUUGUGGCCACGGGUGACAUGUCUGGGCUUAUCAAAGUGUGGCGGGUGGAUGCAAAGGAAGAAGUGUGGUCCUUCGAGGUGGGGGACUUGGAGUGGAUGGAGUGGCACCCACAAGCCCACGUCCUUCUGGCGGGCACGGCUGAUGGCAACUCCUGGAUGUGGAAGAUCCCCAGCGGAGACUGCAAAACCUUCCAGGGCCCUGCGUGCCCGGCCACAUGUGGCCGGAUUCUGCCUGACGGGAAGCGAGCAGUGGUGGGGUAUGAAGACGGGACCAUGCGCAUCUGGGACCUGAAGCAGGGAACCUCGCUGCAUGUCCUGAAAGGCCAGGAUGGCCACCAGGACCCUUUGACGUGUGUGGCCAGCAACAAGGACGGCAGUUUGAUUAUGACGGGCUCUGUGGACUGCCACGCCAAGCUGGUCAACUCUGCCACAGGCAAGGUGGUGUGCGUAUUCAAGAUGGAGAGCAUGGCCCCCAAGGCUCCAGCUGGCGAGGGUGAGGAGGCAGAGUCCAACUCAGUGGAGUCGCUGGGCUUCUGCAACGUGAUGCCACUGGCUGCUGUGGGCUACCUGGAUGGGACGCUGGCUAUCUAUGACCUCUCCACGCAGAGCCUGAGGCAUAAGUGCCAACAUGAGUCAGGGAUUGUGCAGUUGCUGUGGGAGGAGAGCUCGGCCGUGGUGUACACCUGCAGCCUGGACGGGGCCGUGCGGCUCUGGGAUGCCCGCUCGGGGAAGAUGAUCAGCGAGUACCGAGGGCACUCGGCCGAAAUCCUCGACUUCGCUGUCAACAAGGAUGCCUCCAUUGUGGUGACGACCUCGGGUGACCACCAAGCCAAAGUCUUCUGUGUCCAGCGCCCCGAUCGCUAGGAACGGUGCUGAGGGAUGGUGUCCUGGCUCUGCCAGGUGGCUCAUGUACAGAGGGAGGAGGGAGAUGUGUUUCACCACCCUUCUCCAGUGCGUGCUUUGUAAUUUUCCAGCCUGCCCUGCUUUGCUCUCACCAGCUGGGGGCCAAGCCUGGGGUUUUGUAUGAAAAUGUCUUUUAAUUAUAUAAAUUAUUUCACCUAAA